CCCCUUGCGUUUCCUCCUCGCAUCAACUCCGCCCCCGCCUUCCUCCUCCAUUGCAGAAUCUUUUCUUCUCUGACGUCAAAAGCAACCUUUUUGUUCUUCCUGCUUCGAGGGGAGCGCGGAGGGCUUCGUGGGUCGCAGGGGAAUAGCGGCGGCGCCGCCGGAAAGGGGCCUCUCGUCGCCGGUUAUUAUUAACUUCUUACUGCCUGUUUUUUUUUCAUUUUCUUUUUCUUGUGCCGGGCGAUUUUGGGUCGAUCGGAGCGGAAAGAUUUGCUCUUCUGUUCCUGCGCGGUGGGGUUUUCUCACCUUCGAUUUGUUUUGAUCCGGUGCGUAGAAUUCUUUUUCUUGCUGCGCUUCUUGGGGUUUUUGUUGGGGUUUUUUCGCCCCUCGCCUCUUGAUCGUACAAUGGAUAAUUCUAGUGUGGGACUAGCCUGCUACUUUCCCAUCCCUAUUCUUUUCUUUGAUGGAAAAAAUGUACGAUCUUUGGCUAAUUUUUGGGUAACAGAAAUCGAUGUGCAAAAUUGCUGCAAGGCACCGAGCAUAUUGCAUUUCACGCUCUUGUAUUGGGUCUCUUGUGUCUCGUCUAUCGGUACGGGUUUUGAUUUGUGCGCCGACCCGGGAAUCCCCUUGCUGAUCUUCCCAGAGGGAAAAACUAUGGUGUUAUAGUUUCUUUAAUGUGGAACUGUGUAGCCCUCGCAUGGGAUGCGAUCGCGCUUCAUGCUCUGGUCUUGCUCUAGGAUGGCAGAGGCAAGCAGAGGAGCCAAGAGAAAGGCUUUAUUACAGUAUUCGGAUGGGAUUGAGGAAGAAGAUGCUUCAAGAGUGUACCGGUUUCAGGUCCUGUUGCCAAGUGGUGUGAUCAUCAGCCUCACGCUGAACAACUCUGGCGAAGAGAUGUCGGUUCGUGAUGUCUUCUUGCAUAGUGUCAAGAGGGAGUUGAACAGUGCCCCUGUGGGAGGUGGAAAGGUGCGGGAGAUACACUGGGAUGGCAAUUAUUUUUUAACGGACCUCCUUGACAGGAAGAUUACAGAAAAAAUCAAGUUGAGCAACUUUGACACCAAGAGUACAAACAUAUUAAGACUCCAUAAUGAAAAAGGAGGAUUUGUCAGUACAUUUGAGAAUAUGUGGGACCUUACCCCUCAGACUGAUCUGGUUCAAGAGCUUCCUGCAGAAUAUAGCACUGAGAGCGCUCUUGUUGACCUUACUGAUAAUGCACUGCAAGCUGUGUGGUCAAAUGGUAGAGGAGAAAGGAAGUUGAUCAAGAUAACUCUUGACAAAGAAAAGAUUGUGUUUUUUGACACUGGUAGGGGAAUGGAUGUUUCAGAUGGGAACUCUAUCUCUAAAUGGGGUACAAUGUGUUCUUCUAACCAUAGAGUAUUUCGGCAGAAAGGUAUUGGUGGGAAAGCACCAUAUCUAUUGCCCUUCUUUGGGAUGUUUGGUUAUUGUGGAACUAUUGCUUCAAUGCAUCUUGGAAGAAUUGCUAUUGUUUCCUCUAAAACUAAGGAAUCUAGAAAAGUGUUUACCUUACACCUAUCAAGGGAGGCCUUGCUGAAAAAAACAUUAUCUAAGAAUUCCAAACACACUUGGAAGACUGCUGGAGGAGUUAGGAACCAUCUAAAGAGGAGAUGCUGUUGUCACCACGCCAGAGUUUUACCCAGGUGGAGAUUUGUGGGUUGAAAAAACAUCUGGAAGUAGACAGACUUCUUGGUUUUUUGAAGGACAUCUAUUUCCCAUAUAUCCAGCAGUAUGAUGAGGAUACUGAAUAAAUGAAUACAAGAAACCCAGUUGAAUUCGAGGUGAAUGGUGUAAAUUUAGCAGAAGUACAAGAGGGUGAAGUCACAGUAACUAAUUUGCACUCUUCAAAUGGUCCUGAUUUUAUUGUGCACCUAAACUUUACAUAAAUAACAGCAGCUUCUUGUCAAGCCCAUGCGCGGUUGAAGUGUGUCUACUUUCCGAUUACAAAGAAAAGAAUCUAUAGAUUCGAUCUUGGAAAAAUCAAGGAAUAAUGGCUAUGAAAUGAAAGAGAACUUCGCCAACUUCUCUCGUGUAUCAAUUCGUCAACUUGGGCAUUUACUUCCUGAUGCUAGAUGGGGUCCUCUUCCAUUCAUGGAAGCUAAAUACAGAAAAGGCCAUAAGGCUGAGUUCUUUAGAAGAUGCUGCAAGAGGG